AUGCUCAACGCGGCCGCCUUCCUCGCAACCGUUUUGGCUCUGUCAUUGACUGCAGUCUCUGCGCCGACCAACCAGACGCAGCCCGACGCUGGACUCAGCAAGGCUGCUCGCCUGCGCCUGGCCGAUAGCUUCGCCGAGCGCUAUAGCAUCUUGACCGAUGACAAGGACUUUGUCUUUGACCUUGGCCAGAACAACUUUCAGUCCAUCGCGAACCCGCAGACGUUCCCAGCCAUGGUCGGUACGGGCACUAGCAUCGCAGCUGCCAGGUUUCCCGGCUGCUCUAUCAGCAAGCUGCACAUCCACCCGCGCGCCGCCGAGAUGCUCGUGCUCCUCUCCGGAUACCUCGUCACUGAGACGAUCCCCGAGCUCGGCGCCGGCGGCAGCAGCGGUGGACAGCGGGUGAUUCGCACCGAGAUGGCCUCGCCCGGCGCGCUGACCGUCUUUGACCAGGGCGCGCUGCACACGCAGAUCAACCCGGACUGCGGCGACGCGACGGCGCUGACCGUCUUCUCCGCCGAGGACGGCGGCUUCGGGUUCGUCGCCGACCAGGCGUUUGCGCUGCCCGACGACGUGCUGGCGACGCAGCUGGGUGACGCCAUCUCGGGGGCGGACAUUGACCGCAUCCGCGCGGCGCUGCCGGCGGGCGUGGCGGCGAUGGUGGACGCGUGCGUGGAAAAGUGCAAGAUCCCGAAGCGCAGUCUGAGUCUGGGAGGCACUGGAGUCCCUGAGCAGACAAGGGGGCCUGGGAACGAUGCCUCCGACUGCAGUGGCGCCGGGCUGGACGAGAGCCUCCCCAUGCCUCUGCGGCAGCGGCUCCUUCAAAUAUUCACGCAGACUCACCACAUGCUGGAGCUUUGCGCCUGCGUUGAUAUGGACCUUGUUCAAGGGACCGCUGCUCCAGACAAGGACUCUUUCCUUCUCCAGUCAAUUCUGGCGCUCUCUGCCUUGUACUUGACAGACGUCGAAGCUACCUCCGAUACCCGCUUCGCCAACUCAAAAAGCCUCAUGUUCUUUUUUAGGUCCAAGGCACAAGAGCUGUCUCGCUCGCUAUCAGAUGAACCUUCUGGUAAAUUUCCCCACGCCCCUGACAUGCACCCUCCAUAUCCCAGUCUGACCUGUCCACCCACAGUUGUUACGAUCCAGGCCAACCUCGUUCUGGGGCUCUGCGAGCUCCUGACCAUGGCCACCUCCAAGGCGUGGCUGCACAUUGGCCUAGCCAUUCGCAUGGCGCAGACACUGCGCAUGAGGCGUGAGUACAACCGUCGACUGGUGCCUCGUCAACGCGAGGUCAGGAGACGCACCUUUUGGGCGUGCGUCAUGCUCGACCGCCUAGUUGCCUAUUGCACGCACCGAACGCAGACCAUAGAUCUCUCCUUAAUACAGCUCCAUCUCCCGUGCAGCGAGGUUGCCUUUGCGUUUGGCCACGAAAGUCCCGGGCCGACAAUAUCGGAAUUGGCCGACGGAGCUAGCGACAUGGCAGCGGAUAGAAUUGCGUUGGCAUAUUUUGUCAGGACGUUCUUGCUGUGGUCACCGGUGGCGCAAAUCUAUGUGGAUGGUGGCCGAGGGUCCCAACAGUCGGGUCAACGUAAGCCGGUUGUCGGCUCAGCAGAAUACGAAGCGGCCAUGUCAGCUUGGCGAGACUCGCUGCCUAGCGAGAUGCAAUGGUCGCUUCGCAAUCUUCGUGCGCAUCGAUCACUGGGACAGAUGUCACACUUUGCAAGCAUGCAUUUGCUCAUCCAACACACCGCGUUUCUUUCACACCACGAGUACCUGCCACAUGCUGGGGAAGGGCGUGAUGCGAAUACAUUUGCUGUGGCUAUCCCGCCAAGUGACAGCGACGCGGUGACCAUUAGCAUCUGUAUUGAGGGCGCUAACCAAGUUGUCGCCAUGCUGAGACUUAUUGAUAGUAUCACAGCAGGGCUUUGCUACACACAGCUGGGGGUCUGCGCUGGGAUACCGAUGGUCACAGCGGCCAGCGUCCUGCUCUGGGCUCACCACUGCAGUCGUGAUGCUACGUCCUCAGUGCAGCUUUCUGAUGACCAGAUAUCACAAGCCAAACACGAUGUAGACUAUCUCGUCAACGUACUAGACUCCUGGGCCAAGACGUGGCGGCUGGCUCGCGCAUGGUCAAAUUGCAUCCGCCUUUUGGACGAAUUCUACCAAUCCAGAUACCGCCGCGGCAACAAGCAUCUCAAAAACGGUAGCGCCGAGGCUGCCGAAUUACGAACGGAGAGCGAGUCGGUGCCGGUGUCUCCAACGCCCCUCCGCGACGGCGACGGAUACCCGGAUGUCACGAUGAUUCCUACUGAGACCUAUUACAAGGUCCGUCUCAUAACCGGCCUCAUUCUUGAGCAACCAGAACUUUGCAAAAAGUUUCUGCAGGCGUCUAUCGAACAACCGUUCAGUGAUGGUGGACCAGAAGAGUCCUCAGGUCUAUGGGGUUUCGAUAUCGAGGACUUUUCAUGGAUGAAUGACCCAGACUUGGUCAUGGCCGCUUCAGCGUUAUGGAAUGACUUUACGUUAUAG